UCUCCCGUUGAACGAAUAAUAAACAGUUGGCAGAAUUUGUGCGUGCGGUGUGCGCUAGUCUGCCGACGGCGUCCGUUCAUAGGAAAGAGAGAAGACAUUGUGAAGAAGCCCUUUGUCAAAUUAAAGGAAAGCAUAGUUGGUUGAGAAAGAAACGUAAUCUGCCGAGGAAAGGGAUCAUCAAGAAAUCUGAAAGUAAACAGGGUGAUAGUUCAGCUUCGUUUCGGAUUCUUUGACCUCUUGAACUCCCCGCGGGUUUUUUCUUUCCCGCGAGGUGAAUAACAGUGGUACAUAGGCCAAACCCCUGACCCCUCCUCGGAAGCUUCGCGCCUCGGCGCCUAGGCCAUAUCAUAAGGAAGGAGAAAGAAAUUGCGGAAGCGGGGAGGUUAAGAGGACGGCACGAAAGGGAGAACGCGCCGUCCAUCACCAUGAAGCUCGUUGACCACGUGGUGAGGAGCUUCAAGGUGGCCAAGGUUUUCCGUGAAAAUUCCGACCGCAUAAAUAGCAUCGACUUUUCACCGAACGGGGACACUUUGAUCUCCUGUUCAGAGGAUGAUCAAAUCGUGAUAUACGAUUGUGAGAAAGGCACUCAGGUGCGUACGGUUAAUUCCAAGAAGUAUGGUGUAGAUUUAAUACACUUUACCCAUGCGAAAAAUACUGCGAUACAUAGUAGUACCAAAAUUGAUGACACGAUUCGUUAUCUGAGUCUGCAUGACAACAAGUACAUCAGAUAUUUCCCUGGUCACAGUAAAAAAGUUGUGUCACUGUGUAUCAGUCCUAUAGAAGAUACGUUUUUGUCUGGUUCUUUGGAUAAAUCUUUAAGACUAUGGGAUUUACGUUCACCCAAUUGUCAUGGUGUAAUGAACGUUUCUGGUCGUCCAGUUGCUGCAUAUGAUCCUGAAGGUCUUAUUUUUGCUGCAGGCGUCAAUUCAGAGUUUUUGAAAUUGUAUGACUUACGCAGUUUUGACAAAGGACCAUUUGUUACAUUUAAACUGUCUCAAGAAAAGGAAUGUGAUUGGACAGGAUUGAAAUUUAGCAGAGAUGGUAAAACCAUCUUGAUUUCUACAAAUGGUAGUACGAUUCGUUUGAUUGAUGCGUUUCAUGGCACUCCGCUACAAACAUUUGCUGGUUACUUAAACAACAAAGGAAUUGCAAUUGAAGCCAGCUUCAGCCCUGACUCGCAGUUUGUAUUUAGUGGAUCUACAGAUGGCAGAGUACACGUAUGGAAUGCCGAAACUGGAUAUAAAGUUUGCGUGCUUAAUGGAGACCACCCUGCACCUGUUCAGUGUAUUCAAUUUAAUCCUAAAUACAUGAUGUUAGCUUCUGCCUGUACCAACAUGGCAUUUUGGUUACCCACUGUAGAUGAAAGUGCAUAAAAUCAAUGCACAGGACACUGGGCAAUGCUCGCAAGAUUUUACCUAGUUGUGCAUCAGAAAGAACUGAAAAUGACAUCAGUUCAAGAAAGAAACAAUAACAGACAGUUCUUGGGUGUCUUAAACAAGCUGAAAUUGCAUUUAUGUUAUGUUCAAAGUAAAGUAGCCGACGUAUGAGACGCCGGUAUUGGAAUGAACCCAAGAAACAGAAAAAUUGCUGCGAUAUCCAGGAGAUCGGCCCGCUUGGCUCAUUUUGAGUAUGUCAUGCAUUGUUUAUGUAUUUUGCCAUCUUCGUUAUCUUCGUCGUCAUGUACUCUAUGGCGCGAUGAACGUGACCAUCAUAAUACCUUGUCAAUAUUUAAAAAUUGUGAUAUGACAUCAACUCUCUUUUUUAAAGUAUAUUACAAAGAUUGCUAAUGUUUGGAUACAUCAUCCUGUGUACAUAAUUCCUUCUUAUGUACCUGUAUGUAGUAUAAUGAUACAGAAUUGUGUACUGUACAUUAUGAAAAACACUGUGAGUCAUGUAUCAUUGAUUGACUUCCGAGCAAUUGAUGACCUUACAUGUGUUAUUUGUUUACAAAUUUUAUCUUUGGUCAUUUUGGUUCAUUGCAUUAAAAGGUAACAACAAAAGUCAUAUGUUUUUUAACGUAAUUGAAUUCUUGAAAUGGAUUUUCAGCACAAAGAAAGAAAAGAUGUUUGGAUUAAUGUCAAAUCUAUGUCACGAAUUUUACAAUAUACGAGAAUAUAUGCAUAUAUUCAAUUGCAUACUGAUAUCUGAAAACAAAAAUGAAUUGUAGUCGCUGAUAUCGCGCAUGGAGAAACUGUUACAGGUAAUCACGUUGCAUCAAUGCAUAUUAAGUAAUUGGUUCGGUUAAUUAAAUUUCGCAGUGGCCGUCCGAAAUCAGGGAUAUUUUCUUUUUUUAACUUCAUUAUGAAUGAACUUGGAAUUCAAUGAACGUACGAACUGUCGUUAUGCGCAAAAAACAAUAAAUAUCGAGCUUAUUUAUUAUGCGCAGUAAACACGUGAAACGUCUUAGAUGCUUUGUUGACGGCAGUAAGGUAUCUCGUGUUUCUACGACUUCCAUGCGAUAAAAUAAAUCACAGAAAGUAUACUGCCAACGUUGGCACUUACGUUGUUGUAUAUGUAUUAUUCUAAAUACGGUAUCGCUUUUAAUCUACAUGCGUGGAACCGGCGGGCCGGGUGAGAAAAACAUUCGAUGACUGUAGAAAGUGCAGUUAAAUCUAAUCAUCUCAUACAGUAGUACAGUAAAUUUUAACGUUUACGUCAUGUCGAUAUGGCAUCUCAUCUUAUUAAGCUAACAGGUGCAUUCGAAUAGACAGGCAUCGAGUAUGUUUUAUCGAUAAAACAACAAUUCGACAAUCUAUCUUUUUUGUACAAUGUAGUUAAUACGAUGAAUAAUUAUUCAUUUCAUUAUAAACAUGUUCAUUUGUAAUGGAUUAUCGAAAUUGUAUCAAUUUUUGAAUUUGAGAAAAUUGCUUUAUGAAAAGAUAUACAAUUCUGUGACUCGCAUCACGUGUUUAUUAUUACACUAUUUAUGUAUAUUCUGUCUGUUCGAUUAUAUAGCCCUGCCUUCAUCAUUACAUGUAUAUAUCAUUAUAUUCACGAUGUCCUUUAGAAUUUCUAGGCAUUUUCCUUAACAUCAGGGAUGUACGGGUACCCGACAUUUUGAGCUCGGUUUGGAUCAGAUGAAGUCAGGUGAAUUUCCAAAUUUGAAAAUCUGAAAUUAGUAAAUAUAAAAUUUUUCAAUUUAAUUCUCAAGAUUCAAGAUGGUGUGAUUUCCUCAGAGUACGCCCGACUUUUACCGAUCUUAGCCGACAGCUUUGCUACCCGACACAUUCGAUUACCCGCGCAUUCCUAUGUAAUAUAUCUUAUACAGGAGUAGAUGGUUACAAUAUUCUAUUGAAAAUGCGUGUAUAUGCAUAACAUGUACGACUGUGUUACAUAUUUGUGUAUUGUCUAUUGAUUCUACGACGAUGUACGAAUGCGUGUAUGAGUGUCUUUUUGUAUAUGAAUGUGUUGCUUGUAUGUAAGUAUAUGUUCGAGUUCAGCGGGCUCGAAUACACUACAUGUGUGUCGAAUGCGCGAGAGUUCGCCUCGUCUUGUAAAAUAGUAUUUUUCUAAAUGGCGAAACAGCGUGUGCAAAUAUUGCGAUCUAUGUUAGACAAACGAAAAGAAUACAGUUGUUAUUAAGAAUAUGUUUUGCGACCUAAACGAAAAAAAGGAUAAAUUUAACUUGAAGAAAACGGCGAAUUUGAUCAACUAGAUUGCAGUAAGAAAGAUUUAUCGGAUACUGAAAGUUAUAAAAAUUGAUCCACGUAUAUAGAUUAAAUAUUCUCUGCAUUAUACUGCCAACUACAAUUCAGAGUGAUACGAAUUUUGUGUAAACGUGCAAAACAUUGUGUUCCAAAAGGAAAAAACGGGAACUUACAGAUACACUGACGAGUUAACGAUGCAACUUUUACCCGAUCGAUAACUGAAGUCGAUCACGAUUCGUCGAGCGAUAACGACUCUGUUGAAAAUUUGUUUGCACAUUUAAAAUGUCAGUCAGGGGCGUAAAUUAUUAAUAGUGUACUUGUUAUCGAGUUGAUUAAACUACCUGCCGUUUUCUGUGCGAAGGAAAAUGUAAAAGAAAAAUUUAUAAUUCUUUUUUUCCUUAAAGGCAUUAGUCAUUAUUGACUAAUAUUAUAUUUAUAUUGCAUCAUCCACAGUAAAUAUGUUAUAAAAAUUAUACGUUUUAAAUUAUACUGAACGCGAUCGUUUAGCAUAAAACGAGAGAUAAAUAGUUCCUCUUUCAGAAUUAUGCGACAUUUCAUUUACGCCCCUGUCUCGAUUGUCGAUUCAUACGGCUACUUAACAUAGGGAUUUAGAAUUGUCUUAUGAAUUAGUAGAUAUAUAUCAUGUCAUCCGAAUGAAAUUUAACGAAUAAGAGCGUUUUAUUAAAAUGCGCUUAGAAACAGAGAAUAUUAAAUGUGAUUGUUUAUGAGA